ACUAUGUAUACUUUCAAUAUGCAAGCCAUCUUUCCUUCACUGGAUAAACAGCUGUUACUGAAAGUAUUCAUUACUAUUACGGUUUUCAUUUAGGUAACAUAUAACCAUGCCAUUCCCCCUACCCAUACUCCUCUUCUUAAGCCACUUGGGUGUCAUCCACACCUGUCGCACAGGGACUCUACAGGAGUGCCACGAUGCACCAUUCGUCCCAGGCCACAACCUUGCUGGAGAGGGGUUUGAUGUGGUUAUGAUGCAGCACAAAGGAGCCUAUGUGCUGGACCUCCAGACAUACCUGACCCCAACAAACACCUGCACCCUAUGCGAGAACCCACAUCAGGGGGACCAGCUGCAGAAACUGCCUCUUUCUGUGCUGGACUGGCGCCAUAACACCAACUGUAAGCAGGAGCUGACCAGUGCAUUGCUCAGCUCUGUCACUAAUGUGGCAGAGAGUACCACCUCUGCCAUAAAUAAUGAUUGGAGCAUAGGGCUGGACCUGGGUGAUAUGGGGGACGUGAAUGUCGGGGGCAGCCAUUCCAAUGCUGUGGAAUAUGCCAUGGCCCAGUCUAGAAUAGACAAGUCAGCCUUUACUUCUCACCAACUCAGCUGUACCCAUUACAGUUACCGUGUCCCAAACUUUCCUCUUCUCAGCCCAGAGUUUCUUACCCAUGUGCAGUCCCUUCCAGCCCAGUACACUACACUAACUCAGCACCUCUACAGUCGGUUUGUUGACACGUACGGCACCCAUUACAUCCGGCAGGUGGAACUUGGAGGGCGUCUGACCCGACUCACCUCCAUCCGCUCCUGUCUUGCUAGUGUAAAUGGUCACUCUUCUUCCCAAGCAAAGGACUGCAUCAAUACUGGGCUUUCCAUCGGCCUGGGCUACGUUGAGCCAUCAAUGACAACCAGCAAGUGCAGCUCACUUCUACAGAAUAGCAACUCCCAAAUAGAGUCAGAGCUAUCUUACUUGAACCAUGUUACAGAAGUGGUGGGUGGAGAUGGGUGGUUUGGAGAGGUGUCACUCUCCAAGAAUGAUUCUGCUGAGUUCAGAAGCUGGCUGCAGAGCUUGAAGGAAAUCCCUGACAUUGUCUCCUACUCUCUGUUUCCACUCCAUGAGCUGGUAGCUGACCUUACUGUUAGGAGAAAUGUGAAAAACGCAGUGAGGCUGUAUCUUAGGAACAAUGCUUUGCCUAAGGAGCAGCCUUCAGAGCAGUGCACUGGCCAGCCCAACCUUUCCCCUGAAUGUUGCCCACUGUCCCCGAUGAAGGGAAAGCUUAGUGUGAGCAUCCACAACGCCUGGGGUAUGGGGUCUGGUUUGGAUCCUAUUGGACCACCUGACCCUUAUGCCAAAUUGUCCUACUGGCAUAUUCGCCAUCAGACUCACCAUGUCCAAGACAAUGCUAACCCCCACUGGAACGCCCAUUAUUAUCUUGGUCAUGUGGAAGCUACACAUGCGCUUAGAAUUGAAGUGUGGGACAAUGACUUGCAACAUGACGACAAUCUUGGAGGCUGCAGCGUCGGGCUGCAUGAGGGCUCUCACACACAUUCUUGUGGGCUUGAUAAGGGAGGGGGGUUCUCUUUUUCCUAUACUCUUACCUGUGACAAAUACCUUACGGGGUAUCAGUGUUCUCAAUACAAGGCGAGCCAGGUAGAAACAACUGAAGAGGGAAAAUAAUGAGAAAUAAUAAAAUAAAAAACAA